CGGCGAGUGGCGUCCACACGAAGGCAAACCGUCGGAGUAGUGCAUCCCCAACUCAUCCUGAAAUCACGCUAAAGAGAUGCAGUUGCUGCAGCUGAAAUUCGUGGAAAAUAUAACUGGGGAAACGACAAAGGAAUGAAAGCUCAUAUUGGGACAUCAUGUUGAGUAUCGGAUUCUGCACCCAACCGUCUCUGUUCCUUCAUCAAGGUCCACUCGAUGUUCAUCGCAGCAUAGGCAAGUUGUCUUCCUUUAGUGCUAAGCAUCAUGGUUACGUGCACAAACUGUUCGACGAAACUCCUGCGCGGGACGUGGGUGCUUGCGGUUUUCCUAUUCAGUACAUGCAAGGAAGUCACGUCUGCGAAACCGAAGAGGAUCGUCGUGUGGUUUUAGCUGAGGAAUGGGAUUUCUGCAACUUAUCCGGGAGAAACAUUGAUAGGAAUUCUGCUUAUUGGGACAACAUUAUAGCUGGCUAUGUGAAGAACUCAGAGUUUCAGGAAGCAAUAUGUGUAUUCCUUAGCAUGCUAUCUACGGGAAUCAUGCCGAACCGGUUAACGUUGUGCAGCAUUAUCGGCAUGUCUACUCAGCUAGGAAGCUUAAAUUUGGGAAGGCAACUGCACGGUUUACUUGUAAAGAUUGACCUUGAUGAUGAUAACUUUGUUGGUGGUAGUCUGGUAGGUCUGUACACUAAAUUUCGGGAGAUAAAUGACGCAGAAAGAUUAUUUUAUGCGUUGAUUGAUGCAGAUGUGGUUGCAUGGAAUUGCUUGAUAUCUGGUUACAUAACCAAUGAGUGCUUUAGUGAAGCAUUGAAGCUGCUGGUUCAAAUGCAGCAAGGGGGCAUCUGUCCUAACAAUUUCACUCUCUCCAUGGCGCUGAGCGCUUGUGGCAGCAUUUCUGCGAUUGAAGAAGGAAAGCAGGUUCACACCCACGUGAUAAAAGCGAAAAGUUUAUACCAAGCAGCGGUGGCGAAUUCUCUCUUGACUAUGUAUUGCAAGUGCGGGAAGCUAAAAUAUGCGGAGGUCUUAUUUGGAGAAAUGCCGAAAAAGAAUGUCGUAUCAUGGACAGCCAUUGUUAGUGGGCACUACCAGAAUGGGUUCUUCAAGGAGGCUUUGAAGCAAUUUGAUUUGAUGUGCCAGAGCUCUGUGAAGCCAAACGAGUUCACUUUUGCGAUUGCUCUGUCUUGCAGCAGUAACUUGAACUCUGCUAAUGAUGGCAAGAAAAUUCAUGCUCAGGCCGUAAAAAGUGGCCUUGCUUCAUCUGUCUAUGUAGGGACUGCACUUGUGGACAUGUACUCGAAGGCAGCAGAGAUGAGGGAUGCUGAAAAACAGUUUGAAGAGAUUAGAUUCAAGACUGAUGCAUCAUGGAACUCACUUAUGUCUGGUUUUGUUCAUAAUGGACAGCACGAGAAAGCAAUGGAAUUUUUUAAUAUCAUGCUUAAAGAGUGCAUGAUGUGUGAUGAAUUCACAUACUCUAUCGUACUUGAAGCUUGUUCAUGUUUGUCAUGGCUACGAAGUGGUAAGCAGGUUCAUUCUCUGACCAUAAAAACCGGACAUUUUCGAGAUUUACGUGUCAGAACUGCUGCGGUAGAAAUGUAUGGAAACUGUGGAUCUUUAAUGGAUGCGAAAGUGGCCUUUGACACUCUUCGGGAGAGAGAUACAAUGUCCUGGAAUGCCAUUAUCAAAUGUUAUUCCCAGCACGGACUUACUAGUACAGCAUUUUCCUUGUUUACCAAGAUGGUACUGGAGGAUGUUAGGCCAAAUGGCUGCACAUUUCUUGCACUUCUCUCCGCUUGCAGUCACUCUGGAUUGCUGGAAGAAGGGCUCAACUGCUUCACGUCCAUGGUUGAAAACUAUGGUAUUAGACCAGAAGCAACACAUUAUAGCUGUGUUGUCGAUUUACUGGCGCGAGCUGGCCACUUACAAGAAGCAAAGAAGUUUAUCGAGGAUCUGCCUGUGAAAUCCAGUGCAUGUGUUUGGAGACCACUUCUUGCAGCAUGCAGGUGCCAUGGAGAUGUUGAGAUGGCGGAGUUUGUAGCCGCACGCAUAUUGGAAACCGAUGCUGGAGAUGCAACUGCUUAUGUUACACUGUCAAACGUGUAUGCUGCAGUUGGGAGGUGGGAAGAAGCAAAAACCAAGAGAAAAUUGAUGAAACAUCAGAAAGUAAGAAAGGAGCCAGGAUGUAGUUGGAUUGAAGUUAACGGGAAGAUGUACAGGUUUUUCGCUAGGCAAAAGAUGAACUUGGAGACGGAGAGUGUAUACAGGAAACUGAAUGAGUUGGUAAACCAGAUGAAGGAAAUCGGCUACAUUCCUGAUACUAGUAUUGCGUUGCAUGACGUUGAGAAUGAACGGAAGGAAGAAUACAUUUUGCAACAUAGUGAAAAGCUUGCUGUUGCUUUUGGUUUAGUAAGUUUACCUGGUGCAGGUCCAAUUAGGAUAUUCAAGAACCUCACAAUCUGUAAGGACUGCCACAAUUUUAUGAAAUUCAUCUCUACAAUCACAAGGCGUGAUGUAAUUGUGGGAGACAACUAUAGAUUCCACUACUUUAAGCAUGGCCUCUGUUCGUGUGGUGACUACUGGUGAUUAAAUUAAUCCGUUCGCAAAUACCAAUCUCAAGAUAUUGAAAUAAAACAUUUCUGUUCU